AUGAAAUUGGUUAGCGGAUUUUCUGCUGAUUUAUCAAGUUUAAAACUACAUGAACAACCUGGAGCAUUUGAGGUUGCUAUUCCAGCAACAUGGACAUGGUUUUACCUUCGGAAACAACAAUUGUUAUUGUUCUUCCAAGAUCCUACUCAUCUUGCCACCAAAUUACGUAACCGUUUACUGUCAAAAUCAGUCGAAUUAAAAAUGGGAGAAUUCUCUAUCACCUUGUCACAUUUAACAGAUUUAAUUGAGAAUAAUUCAAAACUAGAUCAUGGUCUGGUUAGCACUGACAUUUUUCCAAAAGACCGUCAAAAUUAUGCUUCUUUUGUGAAAAUAUCAAGUGCGAAUGUUUUGAAUUUAUUGAGUAACUCAAACGAAACACAAGCAACAUUCGUCUAUCUUCAGUUAUUAAGUUCUAUUAUCAUUGCAUACAUUGAUCAGUCAACACCAAUUUCCAAUCGUUUAUAUCAUGCGUGGGUGACCGUCUUUGUUAGCCGUUUUUGGUGGACGUGGUUAAAACACAGUACGUUUCUUGAUAAAUCGACAAAAAAAUCGUUGAAACAAAUUAAUAAAUAUUUUAUAACUACAUCUGCAUUUUAUUCGAUUGAAUUAAACGCACAUAAUUUAUUGUAUCUGACGCUAUUAGUUAUCCAAGAAGAUUUACCGGUAGAAGCACUGAAUGUGUUUUUAUUUAAUUCGCAAGCGUGUGAAGCAACUUUCAGGAAUGCCAGAUCAUUGCGCGGUGUGUAUUCAAGCAUUACAAAUUUUACUGUGAAUGAUUUUCUGCGACGGGCUCAAAAACUAUCUGUUUUAAACGAAAUAAAAGCCUAUGAACAAUUACAUCCGCAUGAAAAUGAAAUAUUGUUUCCAGUUUACCAUAAACACAAAAAACAUUCAUCUAAUUUAAUUGAUGAUAAUCCGCGUUUGAAAAUAACGUGCAUUGAAACUAUUAUUAAUAAUGCUUAUCAACAAGCAAAAAAGAUAAUCGUUAAACUGAAAAUGUCAGCUCUACUGAAACAAAACAAAGCGUUAGAAUUAAAUGAUUUGAAUUUAUAUGUACGUAAUCAUUUGACUAAUACAAAUGAUCAUUCAACACUCGCCGAUCAGUAUGAAUCUGAAUCCGAUUCGGACAAUGAAACAACAACGAAUAAUGAACGACAUGGUGAUAAUAAAACUGAAAGUGAUUGUGACAGUGAAAAUGAAACAGAAUUAAACGAGGUAUUAAGAUCAAAAACGAAAACUUUUCCUGGUAUCCGAUUACUGGAAACAAUCAAUCCGACAUUGGAUGAUUCCUACUUCGAUAUAAAAAUUAAUGACGAACAUAAAUUUCUUCAUAAACAAACAGCGUGUUGGUUCUUAACUGAUAAAAAUACUCGUUUAUCAUCAGAUAGAUUAACGCGAGUAGUCGAAAUGAGUAAACAGGAUUAA